AUGCACAUCCUGGUUACCAACGACGACGGUCCGCCGUCGAACCAGUCGUCGCCCUACGUUCAUUCCCUCGUCCACUCGCUCCAAGCGGCUGGCCACACAGUCUCCGUCGUUCUCCCUCACCAACAGCGCUCAUGGAUCGGUAAGGCGCAUAUUGUCGGCGCGUCCGUGAAGCCUACGUAUUUCCGCCCGGGCACCCUGCAUCAAGAAGAUGGGACGAUACACCACUUGCCGAGGGGAAGCAACGGUGAGCCCGAUGACGGUGGCGACGAAUGGAUUCUGAUCGACUCGACUCCUGCAAGCUGUGUCCAGAUCGGACUCUACCAUUAUUUCCAGGAAAGGGGCCCGAUCGACGUCGUGGUGUCCGGUCCAAACUAUGGCCGCAACACCACGGCACUCUUUGCCCUGUCAAGUGGAACCAUUGGCGGUGCCAUGGAGGGUGCCGUGUGUGGGAAGCGCUCGAUUGCUUUAUCUUAUGCCUUCAGCUCUCGAAAUCAUGACCCCGUCAUCAUCGCCGAGGCUUCUCAGCACUCUGUCAGGGUGAUCGAGUACCUCUGCGCCAACUGGACGGAUGGAGUAGACCUUUAUAGCGUCAAUGUUCCUCUUGAGCCUGGUGUGAGCCAGAACCAGGUUCUCUACACGGAGAUGCUGGAAAACAAGUGGACUUCUGGCAGUUGCUUCGAGCCUGCUGACCCGGCCACCGGCGAUGAUCCCGAACUUGAAGAGCAGCGACUGCGUGACGUGGGCGAGAUGACGGGAAAGAAGCCCGAACCGGAGAUCACGACUGAUGAACCCACUGGACAGCCUAGGAUCAAGCACAAACACUUUAAAUGGGCGCCUAACUUCCAGGAUGUGUAUCGAAGCGUGGAAGAGGGGCCUGCUGGCAAUGACGGCUGGGUCGUCAAGGAGCAGAUGACUAGUGUCACGCCUCUUAAAGCGAGCUUUAAGCAUAUGCCCGGUCUCACGGGAGAGAUCAAGCUAUCAGAUAAAAAGUCAACGAUAUUCUCAGUUGUUGACUGUGACGAUCCCUACGUGCAAUCUCUCGUCAAGCGAGCAUUGACCCGUCGUCUCGGAGAUGCUGCACGCAGCCAGCGCAUCUCGGAGCUAUCCGAACUCCCCGAUACCUCGGCACCCGUAUUCCAGUAUCGCGAGUACGAACGACUGGACUUUGAGCACGUCAUGUCACGCCCCUCGACUUCCCUUGCAAAUGCAUACAUCAUCCGCAAGGCCCUGAUCCGCAAGCAUUACCUGUCCAACACGGUGGCCAAUUGGGUCUCCAAGCAUCCGGACAGCAUUCUGCGAAACCAUUUCAAGCCUGCGUUUGAUUUCGAACUCGACUACUCCGAGUUCCUCGACGAGGCUCUCCUGGAGGCAUACGAAUUGCGUGAGAGUCUGGAGAAGAAUGAAGAGCGGCCUGAUUCCGAGAAAGAAUGGUGGAUCCUGAAACCCGGUAUGAGUGAUCGUGGCCAAGGUAUUCGACUCUUCAGCACCGAGGACCAACUCCGCGAGAUCUUCGAAGAAUGGGACGAACCCUCCGACAUUGAAGACGAGAGCGAUUCCGAAACCGCCAUCCCUCAGAGCGCUUCUCCCGCCGCACACGAUGAGGGUCUCGUCACUUCCCAACUCCGCCACUUCAUGGCCCAGCCAUACAUCGACCCUCCACUCCUUCUACCCUCUUCCUCAAACCGCAAAUUCCAUAUCCGCACGUACGUCCUUGCAACGGGCGCCCUAAAGGUCUACGUCUUCAAGGAGAUGCUCGCCCUUUUCGCUGCCAAAUCCUAUUGCGCCCCUCAUGAAGAGGAAGACGAGGUUAAAGACCUAGCCCGCCACUUGACAAACACCUGCUUCCAAGAAGGCGGCAGCUCCAACGAGGGAAGCGUUCGCCGCUUCUGGGAUCUCGAUCACCACGUCCCCGGCCUUUCCGCAGACUGGAAGGAAAAGAUCUUCGAGCAGAUCUGCGCUGUAACGGGCGAGGUCUUUGAGGCUGCGGCGCGAGGUAUGAUGGUCCAUUUCCAGACGCUGCCGAAUGCGUUUGAGAUAUUUGGGGUUGAUUUCUUGGUUGAUGCGGAUGGGAAUGCGUGGUUAUUGGAGUUGAAUGCUUUCCCUGAUUUCGGUCAGACGGGGGAGGAUCUGAAGGAGGUGGUUGUUGGGCGGUUGUUUGAGGAGACGAUUGAUGUUGCUGUGAAGCCAUUCUUUGGGUUGGGGUCGGAUGAUGGCAAGGGGGAUAUGAAGUUGGUCGCUGAUUUGGAUUUGGGGAGACAUGCGUAG